UAAUGAGCAGCAGUCGUCUGGAGAAGCUACACCAAAAAAUAUCUGAUUACAUUCUGCUGAAAAACCGACAACUUCGCCACUUCACUAGCUUGGUGUUAGAUUGUGACUUUUUGCAUUUUGCGGAGAUCAUAGAGGACUCGGAAUAUUUUCUGCAAGAAACGUCCCAGAAUAUCGAAUCGUACACAGCGGAGAGCAUUUUUCUCGGCUCGAUCGAACACAGAGUGACAAGUCUUCGAACAGCAAGAAACCAUUGUUUGCGAAGGCUGAAUAACUUUGCCGGGGUUAUCUCGGUCUGUGAAGACUCCGUGUUCUCGAAAAUUUUCUGCCAACGACAGAAAAGAACCAAGAACACUUUCCGAAAACAGUUUCAAACGUAUCGAACGCAAUUCGAAGACUUCCUGCUUCAGCUUCUGGAUAUAUACGAAAUUGCUCAAUUUCAGAAUCAAUUCAGCAGAACCGACUUUCUACAUCUCAUCGUGCUCAAAAACCAGGAAAACAUCAGUCACGUAGUUCCGCAAGAUUUACGGAAGCCUUCUGCGAUCUACUGUGUUUCGAGCCUAAAGCUAGAAACACACAAACUCUUUUUGGAUCUUCUUCUGCGUCAUCUGCACCUACUCGACGAAAUGGAAAGUACUUCAACGGAAUCGAUGCGUGAUCGAUUGAAUGAGGAAAUCAAUAAAUCCCGAACGGAUAUGGUUAUCCAAGAGGCAGAAUUGGUCGAACUCCGACACGAGCUAUUCCCGUCCGACGUCAGCUUAAAAGAGCAACGAGAUGCCGUAAUCGAUUGCCUAGAAAUUCGAGAGUUGGAUCUUGAGCAUCGAAUCCGUUCAAUUGAUCUACUGCAAGUCGAUAUCCAAGGACUGGAAUUGCAAGUGUCUAAGCUGAUUGAGGAGCGUGAACGAGUUCACGAGAAACUGAUGGAAAAACGGGCGGAAUUGCGUAAAGGAAUACGUGAAGUAGUAAGGCUGGAGAAACUGAUCCAGAAGAUUGAGAAAGACAUAUCGAACAGAAUGGUAGCAUUUCAGCAACGUCUGGAGGACCUGGAGCUGAAAAGAUUGGCGAUUUUGGAAGAUGAUACACUGACAGAGGAGGAACGAGCCCGAUUGUUGGCCGAAUUGGAACAGGAGAUUGGAACUAUUCGUGAGAAGCACGACGCAGAUCAGCAACUGUUGAAGGAGAAAUGUGAAGAAUUGAAAGCGAGGUCUAGAAGCGUCAUUGAGGAUUUAGAUGCAUUCAAGGACGAAUUGGUUCAAAAGCACUUGGAUGAAAUUAGGGAGUUGGAAGAAAAAAAGAAGAACGCAACUCCUUCGGAGUUGGAACUAAUCAAUGCGAGAAUAGCAGAGCUGCAGUCCGAGUUUGAAGAGAACAUGGCAAUGUUGGACGUGGCACAUACUAGGCGACAGUACUUUAACGACGAACACGGAAGAUAUUACAUCAACGAAUUUGGGCAAAAGGUAUAUCAGAGAGAAUCAGGAGCCUCGGAAUAUAUUUUAACUGAUGAAGGUGGCUGGGAGAAAAUCAAAGAUGCAGUGGAAAUACGGAAGGACGAAAAAGGCGAAUUUUACGUUGACAACUUUGGGAGAAAAAUUUACACAAAACGAUUCUUUGAGGAUGAAUUUGGGAAGUAUUACAUUGAUAGCAACGGUAGAAGAAUUUAUAUUGAAGCAUCUAUUAUCACGAGUGAAUCGGAAAGUUUUAAAGAGUCAGAAGAAGAGCUUGCGGAAACUGCUGUAACAACAAGCGAAGAAGAAAUGUCUUCACAUGCAUCUGAAAUACAUGUGCCCGAAGAAGUAAACAUACAACGUGCAGAUGAUUUCAAAUAUAUACAAGAAUCUGUUGGCUUACCGCUGAGGAAGGGACUGGCGUUGGUGUUUCUGCAACAACCCGAAGAUCCAAUAGAAUUUUUGGCCAGGUUUCUGGAAAAAUAUCACUAUGAUCAACAAAGGGAAGCGGAGAGAGCACAGCUGGUAGAAGAUGUUGAGAAGAUGAAAGAAAUUAUGAAAUCUCAAAUAGACUCGAAAGAUUCAAAUGCGGAUGUUUGUUGAGCUGAAAUAAUCUAUGGAAUGAAGAUUUUAUUUGAUAAACUAGGACUGUUUCAAGCCUUAUCAUAUUUAUAAUAAACAUUAUUAGAUCGUGUAAUAAUUAGCUA